CAUGGCUUGGUACCAGAAGCUUGUAGGCGUUCCCCUUAAGGCUCAGAGAUUCCACACAGCUGCGUGUCGCUAUAAAGCUCGGAAGGGUGCCAAGCACCUGUGGCUGAAGCGCCAUCUAAGGGACCCGUUUGUGAAGGCUGCAAAGGUGGAGAGUUACCGCUGCCGCAGCGCCUUCAAGCUCCUGGAGAUGAAUGAGAAGCAUCAUAUCCUGCGACCUGGCCUCCGGGUGCUGGACUGCAGGGCGGCUCCAGGAGCCUGGAGUCAGGUGGCGGUGCAGAGAGUCAAUGCCACAAGCGCAGACUCCAGCUCCCCUGUGGGCUACGUGCUCGGGGUUGAUCUUCUUCACAUAUUCCCUCUGGAAGGAGCAACUUUCCUAUGCCCUGCUGAUGUGACUGACCCCAAAACUUGCCAGAGAAUUUUGGAACUGCUUCCCAGAAGGAGAGCGGACGUGAUUCUCAGUGACAUGGCUCCCAACGCCACUGGGAUCCGAGACCUCGAUCACAGGCUCAUCAGCUUGUGCCUGACCCUUGUGGACACGGCUGUGGAUAUCCUGCAUCCCGGGGGAACACUGCUGUGCAAAACCUGGGCCGGAAGCAAAAGUCACCUGCCACAGAAGAAACUGACCCAGGAAUUCCAGAAUACGAGGGUCGUGAAACCAGAGGCCAGCAGGAAGGAGUCUUCAGAGGUGUAUCUCUUAGCCACGCAGUACCGGGGAGGAAAGGGCUUUACGGAGCAAUGA